CCCCUCAUGGUUAUUAACUUCCCUUCCUUUGUCACAUUAGACUUAAGCUGUAGAUUGAGCUCUUAUACUUAACUGCACAUUGAGCUUUCAGAUCUCUCUCUCUCUCUCUCUAAAAACCUUGAGUGGGUUUCUCUAUCUUUCUCUCUCUAAAAAGCUUGAGUGGGUCAGGUAUUGAAGGAGAGAGAACAGAGCUCCCCGGCUUGCCUGGUUCUACUGAUUAUGACACAGAAACCCUCCUUUCAUUCCUUGGCCCAUUUGGCAAAAACCCAUCUCCAUUUGCUUCACCUUCACUCUUUCUCACUCCUCCUUUUCCAUACUCUCUUCUCUCUUUUAUUCUUGUUCUACAUUUCCUUUCUCCUAAACCUUGAAUGUGGGUUUUUCUUUGUAGGCCUUGUUUUGUUUUUCCUCUUCCCCUUUGUGCGUAGUUGCAGUGGAAUCAACCAUGAAAGCUCUGCAUUUCGUGCUCAGUUGCAGUGGAAUCAGCCAUGAAAGCUUCACAACGAAAGCUCUUGGAUUGGUUUUUUAGGGGAAAUGUGAUUGCGUUCUUAUGAUGGUGGCUGCCAUUUCUGCCACAGUUUCUCAGGAAACCCCGAAACCCCCCUUGGGACCUUCAGAGAAGGAGAGCAAUGGCGCUCAAAGGAGGCCUAAGGCAAAGGAAGUCACCUCAAGAUACAGGUCUACAACCCCAUCUUCUUCGUCGUCGUCUCUCUCUUCUUCUUCAAUCUCUUCAUCUCCCAGAAGGUGCCCAUCGCCAAAUAUCGCUCGCUCUCCUAAUCCUUCAACCGAUACUUUUUCUCUCCCAAAACGUGCAAUUUCAGCAGAGAGGCGAAGGCCUUCUACUCCUUCUUCUCAUACCCGAGCCAUUAAUGGUGGCUCCGAAACUUUGGUUUCAUCUUCAAAGCACCUACUGGGGAGAGCUCCAGAGGUUCUAUGGCCUUCCACCCGAACUCUUUCUGUUUCUUUUCAAGGUGAGUCUUUCUCUCUUCACAUAAACAAGCGAGAGCGAGCGGUAAAUCGUGGUGGCUAUGAUGGUUUGAAGCCCUCUUCAACGCAAAGGAUUGAGCGCAAGGCCACACCAGAGAGGAAAUGCACGCCUCUACGAGGGAAAACCAGUGACCAGUCUGAGAAUUCGAAGCCAUUUGACAACCCCCAUUCUAGGGUUUCGGCGAGUGCCUUGACCAGGAGCAUCAACUGUACCGAGAAACCCACUCGAGCUGCUUCGAUUCUCCUUCAAGGUCGGCCCUCCAUUGAUGGGUUGGGAAGAGCUUUUCAGAGAUCCAUCAAUGAAGGGCCGGCUUCGCGUAGAAUUUCACUGGAUAGUAGGCUCCAAUCUGAAGCGGGUUCUGAUAAAAAUGAAGAUUUGAACAGACCUGAAUCAAAACCAUGGCUGGAUCUUGACAGAACAGAUUCAGAUUCAAGCUCGCUCUUAUGUGAUCGAGCCUCUGAUACUGAGAGUGUUUCAUCAGGGAGUAAUUCAGGGGUGCAUGAAAGCAUUGGUAUUUCUAAGGGGAGAUCGACACCAAGAGGAAUAGCAGUCCCUGCAAGGUUUUUGCAGGAAACAAACAAUCGUAUAAGGCGAACAAAUAGCUUGGGCUCUUCUUUUCAAGAACCCACUUCACCAUUGGAUCACCAAUCGAAAAGGAGGGACCCCAAUUCACCGUUAGCUGGUUCUCGAGCUCUAGGAUACCAACCCCCAAGGCUUGUUUCUUCAAGGAAAGGCAUUUUAGUCAAUUCAUCAGAUAGCCCUUCCUCUUCUCCACGAACAAUUAACCGGGCCCUAGCAUCGCCAAUGCGUGGGCCCCACCAUCCGGUUUCUCCUAGUAAGCUCUCAGGAGCUUCACCUUCGCCGUCGAGAGGAAUUAGUCCUUUGAGGUCGAGGGGUGCUACGCCAAUGCACUUCUCAUUGGGUAGCUCAGUUAGUAGUUGCUCGAGUAGCUCGUCUUCGAUACUUAACUUUUUCGCAGAUGUGAGGAAAGGGAAGAAGGGGGCCAACCAGAUUGAAGAUGCCCAUCUCUUGAGGUUGUUUUAUAACAGGCACUUGCAAUGGCGGUUCGUCAAUGCGAGGGCAGAGGCUGCUUUGUCCACACAGACAGUCUUGGCAGAGAAACUCUUAUAUAAUGCAUGGCUGACAACUUCAGAACUCCGUGAUUCUGUCACCUUAAGAAGAAUUGGACUACAACAGAUGAGGCAGAAAACAAAGCUAAUUUUCAUCUUAAAGGGGCAUAUGUCAUAUCUCGAAGAUUGGUCUCUGCUGGAAAGAGAUCAUUCCAAUUCUUUAUCUGGAGCGAUUGAAGCUUUGAAAGCCAGCACCCUCCGUCUUCCAGUUAUAGAUGGAGCAAGGGCUGAUAUCCAUGAAAUGAGGGAUGCUGUUGGUUCUGCAGUUGAUGUUAUGCAGGCGAUGGGUUCUUCUAUAUGUAACUUACUAUCGAGGGGUCAAGGGCAGUGUCAUUAUGCCCAGGUUCCAAAUCCGUGUUUGCCCUCUCCAAACAAGCAACGUACACUACACAUGGCAACACACACACACAAUGUGAGGAACACUUGACAAAGAUAACCUUAUGAUAAGUUAUAAAAAAGCAGAGAAAGGAAGUAGCAACCAUAGGUUGACUUUAAUUUUCUGUUACAAAAAUUCUUAGAUUGACCGAACUUUUUGAGGUUCCUAUUGCAGCAUACAGAGAAGAUAAAAUUGUUGAAUCAUUUUUUGGGAAAAAAAUAGAAUUUUUUGAGUCAGCAGAUUAUGUCAUUUGAGAAGUAAUAAGUGAUUCUAUAUUUAUAAGGAAAUUGUUUGCUGGGACGAUCAUACACAGACUUGUGGUUUUUAUCAUCCUGUACUGCCUUCAAACCCUGUUUACUUUUUGGGAAAUGUUCAUUGUUUAAUCUUAUCUGGAAUUAUUUCUUUAAAUUUUUGAAAAUUUGGAUCAAUGCAAUCUUUUUUAUCUGCUAGAUUUUUAUUAAC